ACACCACUCAGCCAAAUCCAGCUGAAAAAGAGCUUCGGAGGAAGAACCUGAGCGACCCGCACGAUGUCUCGGUUUCUGGACCUGGCGGAGUUUGGAGAAGCUGCUCGCUUCCUUCGUCUCACCAACUUGGAGCAGCUGGCUGCUAUCGCCCGGAAUUAUGAUGGCACAAAGCGAGUCUGGAUGCCCGAUGAUGUUGAAGCGUACAUCGAGGUGGAGGUUAAAGAGCUGAACGGAGACAAGACCACUGUGGAGACCAAGGACGGACGGUUUAUGGUGGUGAAAGAAAACGAGCUGCAGCCGCUGAACCCUUCAAAGUUCGACAUGCUGGAGGACAUAGCCAUGCUGACGCACCUGAACGAAGCCUCGGUGCUCUUCAACCUGAGGAGGAGAUACAGCAUGUGGAUGGUCUAUACUUACUCUGGUCUAUUCUGUGUGGCGGUCAACCCGUACAAAUGGCUGCCGGUCUACUCGACUCAGGUGGUCGCGGCGUAUAAAGGGCGGCGUCGUCUGGAAACGCCGCCUCACAUCUACGCCAUCGCCGACAACGCCUACCUUGACCUGCUGCAGAAUCGAGAGAACCAGUCGAUGUUGAUCACCGGUGAGUCGGGUGCAGGAAAAACUGUCAACACCAAGAGAGUGAUUCAGUACUUUGCCAUCACCGCUGCUCUGGGGGAGAAUGUGAAAAAAGGA